CUGAGCCAUGUACGUCGUUGUGAUGUAGACAUUGCUCAACCAGCCACUGCAGCGGAUGUUAUUAGUUAUGAUCACAUCUUGCGUCCUCUCACUGCAAUGGACAAAUCCGUGCAGGAAAAGUUAGCUGAGUAUCGAGCUAAAAAAUCAAAAGAAAACAAAACUCCCCUGAUACAUAGAUUAUUUGGGAAUGGAAACUCGAUAAAGACGACCAUUAAACAUGAACAAAACAGACCAGUAAAUAACCAUGAUAAAUAUCACAGUGAAGCACAAGAGGACCAAGAAGGAACAGAUAAUGAUGGAAAUCACACCUUUCGUCCAGCUGAUCUGGAAGAACCUCCCUGGAUACGCAAUUACAUUCCAGAAAUCUUGAAACCAAACUACUUGAAAAUCUGUCUAUGGUUUAUUCUCUGGGGACUCUUCAUUGAGCUCCAGUUUGGUGCUGUUUAUUUUGUGCUCUCUAUGUUUUAUGUGGUUUAUGCUAACACAGGAAGUCGAGUGAAAAAAGAUGGAGCACCCAGUGCAUAUUCUGUAUUUAAUCCAAACUGUGAAAGACUGGACGGGACCUUCACUGCAGAACAGUUUGAGCAAGAAUUGAGAUAUGGAGCAGGGUCUGUUAGAUAGGGGAAAUUAGUGAAAUUUUUCUUAAUUGCCCAUUUAUUAAGUGAUAUGUUAUUUACUUGUAUUAUUAUUGUUAUUUUUAAGCUUUCGUAAUAAUUUAAGGUCUUUCGAGGGGUUAUAAUCUUACAAUGUAGAUAUUAGCAGUGGCAGGUCUCUUUGAAAAAUGGUGCAAGGGUCUAUUUAGUCUGGGUGCAUGUAUAUUGACAGACUUUGAGCUCAUUCAGGACAGAUGACUUGCUGACUAACAGAUCUGCAGACUAAAUAUGGCCUCGGAACUCACUGAAAAGCAAACUGCCCAAUACUCUGAUGGUCUCGAUCCACACGUGCCAUCCCUGCCCUAGCAAUUAAACCUGGGAGCCAAGAUUUAAUUGGUUUAAUUGUGGAGUAUGGCAAGUCUGGAGCAGGAGACUUAUGUAUUUCGUGGCCCUGCUUUCAAGUGAGUCCGCCAUAUUUGAAUAGCAGAUCUGUUAGUCUGCAGAUCAUCUUGUUAUGAAUGUGCUCUUUGUUUUAUUGCCUUUUGGUCAUAUGAUGAAUCUUAUCAUUGGUGGAUUCAGGGAGAAACACCCACAUUCUCCCACCCCCACCCACCCCCUUUGAAAACAAAAUAUCAAAUAUAGUCCCUGCUGGAGAGAAAAACCACUAAGAACACACUCAAAACAGUGGACUAACAGAUCCGCAGAUCAAAUAUGGCUGAUUCACUUAUGUGCUUGUUGCGUUUUUCCCAUGGGGAAACUAUUCGAAGUCUAGCUGGGAAUAAGCAGCAAGCUUUUCAGUGGGUCAGCCAUAUUUGAUCUGUAAGUCCACUGGUCUUAGGAACCAUUCCCACAGAUAUUUAGAUCGAUCUAUCUCCCUGGGGAGUCUCACUAAAUUGCUGUCAACUUGGCCAGCUUGAAUGUCUGUCAUGCGUAGUAAAGCUGUUAAAGGGUAAUUAACUUUACCCCCUAGCCUAUUUGGUAGGGGUGACAGACAUUUAAGCCAGUUAGUUGAUUACAAUUUUGUGAGACUCCCCAGGGAGUUAGAUCGAUCCAGUUGGAUCAAUCUGUGUAUGGGAACCCAGUCUUAACCCCUCAUAAUGUUUACUUGACACAGCAAUAUGCUCAAUACUGUACCUUUUUCUAUUAUGUCUUUCCAAACAAGCAAGGGUCAAGGAUGGCUUUAUAUCUAAGAGCUUUUUUCAUAGUAAAAUAUCAGUGUGGAUAAUCUCAUUUUAUAGGCAAGUAACAGCUUUGACUUUAAACACAGUGCUAUAUUCAUAUAUGUACAUAUAUUUUAUUGGGUCUCAGUUUCUUGACAGACUAGGUCACAAGACUGAGGUAAUUAAUACCUGUUUACUUUCACCCGAACAGGUAAUUUAGUUCUGACCAAGUCUGUCAAAGUGAACAGACCAAAACCUCAACAGCUAAAUCAAAUACGUAGAUCUGUCAUAUACAAAAACUUUUUGCUAACAUAUGAAUACUUUUUUGAAUACUUGAGUGUUUGUAAAUUGUAGUGCUAUACUUUGUUAUAGCUGUUUUCUGAGUAGUCAGUGUAUUGACACUGCAAGCAAUCACAUGAAACUUAGGUUAACAUGAAAUGGCAGGUUUGGUGCAUAAUUAUAGGUUUUUAAUGUAAUGGGACAACUUUCUUCUCAAGUUUUUGAGUCAACUGUUGUAAAAAAAUCAAAUAAUUCAAUUGAAAACAUAAUCUGACUUACUGCUUUUCUUAUAUUGCAUGAACAAAUGUAUUCUUGGGUUAUCUUUUGGACAUUUAAGAUGUUAUUGAAAGUAAAAUAAACUCAUGCAUCUACUUACCUGUUAUAAGACCUACAGUACUUACCUGUUAUAAGACCUACAGUACUUACCUGUUAUAAGACCUACAGUACUUACCUGUUAUAAGACCUACAGUACUUACCUGUUAUAAGACCUACAGUACUUACCUGUUAUAAGACCUACAGUACUUACCUGUUAUAAGACCUACAGUACUUACCUGUUAUAAGACCUACAGUGGGAUAUGCCAUCCAAAUUUGGCACGUCUUACAAAAAUAACAAUAUUGAAACAGUUCUCUUUGAUGAAGCACUCAAAAUUCAAACAGAGAAAGUAAUGAUGGGAGAAGAGAUGAGUUGGCAAAAUCACUACAACGUGUUCAAAGAUCACAAAAUCGAACUUUUAUAGGCAGAAUUAAAAUUUAAAAAAGUCCCAGAGAUGAGCUGCAGGCCCGUAGCCAGCAAUUUCAAAAGGGGGUUCUUUUUCUGAAAAUGUGGACCUUUUACUUUGAAAAAUUUAUAUACCUAGAUAGAAUUUUACUUAGAGGGGACCUUUUUCCUGGCAAAAAUGGGGUUAUUUUCGACCCCC